CCACGGUCGCGAGUCCGCGAACGGGCUCUUCUGUUCGAAGUGAUCGUCAUCCAUCGAUUGGUAAACGAGCGCGCGUUAAGCCCAUGAAGAGGAAGAGCUGGAGAGCGAAUUCUGGCCGGUGAACUUUACCGCUCCUCUUUCAUCGGCUGACAUUCCUAGGAAGUUGGAUUUGAUCUGCAGUUUGCCGUUGAUUGUCAGGAAGUGCGGACGUAUUGUCACGAGAAAAUAGAAAAAAACACCAUUCAGCUUGUGUUUGGAAAUUGAUAAGAGGUGAUAGAAAUAGGAGUGAGCCGCGUGUGUUUUAUAUUAAUACACAACCAUGUUUGACUGAGCGGAUUCUAUAGUGAUCAAUGAGUGAUGUUAUCAUGAAAUGGAAAGGAUACGAAGAAAGAGAGCUGACAAUCAGACUUGAAGUACUUGGGAGCUCCGUGCAACAGUGUUGCUGAGGAGGAACCAUCAGUAUGAUUGGCCAUGCAAACUGGUUUCUUCUUCCAUUAUUGGUUUUGUCAUUGACGUUCAAAGCAGUUCUGGCAGGAUGCUACUUCCCCCUGGAAUUCCAAGGAGAGUUUCUCACACAGUCUAUGACCUCGCGAGAGAUCGCCUACUCCUCGUUGAGCGUUCUCUUCGAUUCGAUUCCGUCAUGGGGAACCUGCCAUCGCCGAUUGGGACAUCAUGUCAUCUUGGAAGACAACGACCAGACCUGUUUCAAGUGCAUCAGCAUGGUCUCCAGGUCCUCGAACGUCAUCCAGAUCCACUCCAAUGGGAUCGACCAGUGUCAUCCCACGGAGGAACUCGCCCGACAGAAUUGUCCCACUCAACAGGAGGUGCGGGAGCGGAAGGCUCAAGAGAUGAUGUUCUACAAAACCCGGGCCUUUUAUGGCGGGAGUGCCAUCAGUAAGACCUACUGUCCCUUGAAUGGGAAGUUCAAGUUCACUUACUCCAUUAAUGAUGGUACCGAGGAUGAUCUCGAGUGCCAUGAACCAUUGUCAGAAGCGACGGACUGUCCCACGGGCUACAAGUUCGACCUGCAUUUCAAAGGCUGUUCCUUUCCCGAUUUUGAUAUGAGCUUCCAAUGCCUCGCGUCAUGGCCGGGCGAGAAUGGAGAGACCUAUUUGAGCCUUUUGGAUACCAAACUACCUCAACUGGGCGAGGAGGCUCGACCACGAUAUCGUUGUGCACUCUUCAAAGAGGAUUCCGAUACGGGCCUGACACAUGUGGCGCUUUCCAGCGACUCGACCUGUGUCAACCAUUUGUACUCAGCUCAAGAUGGCUACGAGACGCUCCAUCUGGAAAAACUGGCGGAAGAAGAGCCCGAGGCCCCGGCUCAUCCCCAGUGUAUUUUUCCCGAUUGGAUGCAAGGUCAGUGGGAAGGCGUGACCAUUGAAGGCGGAGAAAUGGUGUAUCGGGAUGAGACCAAUUUCCAGACGUUCCGUGGAAAGUGCCUUCAAGCGGCCAAUGCGGAUCGGUUCGUGGUUCACCUCAAGACUGAUUGUGGAUCAGCCGCUCACUAUUGUGCCCUGUUCCAACAAAGAGACGUCAAUGUCAUGGAGUUCCAAUUAGGUGUGUCUUCGAGUGAUUCCUCUGAUUUGGCACUCUGCAACGUCGAGAACUUCAGCCCUUCGAAAUGGCUCACCAUGGGAAGGUCACACAUUUUGGAGCUCCCACACUGUCCCCUGGUGGGCGAAUAUACCGGGGUCAUUCCAGACGCCGAGGGUCUCUGUGCCAAGUCCUAUGCGGAUUGCAACAAUCCCGAAGUCAUGUUCUAUACAGUCUUCAAUUGUCAAAAUCAGACCGAGGUCUACGAAGAGCGGGAAUACCGCUGCUUCGGUCAGUGGGAGGAGGACGGUCUCGUCUACACGUACACCAAGCGGCAGGACUUGCCGGGCAACGAGUGCUUUGUGGGAGUGACCAUCGACGAGAACCAAAACAUGGUCACCGAGGCCGGUCAGAAUUGUGAACGAGGGCACCAGCCUUUGAAAUAUGGCAUGACGCUUCAGCGCCAGGCCAAAUGCUCGCACGAGAAGCCCUUCGAGGCCGUCACACAGACGCCGUUCACCCCGCCCGAUUUCAUGCCCUCGAUCAAUGAGGACACGUUGAGCGAUCUGGAGGACCAGGAAGAGAUCCGACUUCUCACGGAUCGCCCGGUCUCUCCUCGGCUCUCCAGCACAACCAAAGACGGUCUCGCCGUGUCAGGUGGUACUCCUGAUGAAGGGCAUCAUGGCCACAAAAAGACGUUAUCUGGGAAGAAGCAUCACCAUCAACAUGGCAAUCGUGCCACUUCCACUGUGUCUUACGAUAUCUAUUCCAAUGAAAUCCCCGGUAGUGGUGGGAGUGGAGCCCAGAUCGCGAGUUCGCCAAUGUGCAUGAUGGCCUUACUGACGUUUAGUGCGGUGUUGUUGGGCCUAUUGUACGACCACCACUAGAUGAUUGUUACAAACAAACUCAGAAUGCAGUGAAAAUGCAAUGUCCAACCAAAUUCAUUCAGACGAGUUGCUAACUCAGCUCGAGUGCCGAGAAACCACGAAAUCAAUCUUAGUCAACCCUCUCUAAUCCCUCUCUCCUCUUUACUCCAUCCCUCCGCCCUGUUCCCUCUCGCCCUUCACUACCCAGUUGAGAGGGGAAAACGCCCCCUUUAUCUUUAUUUAUGUGAUAAUAAUUUGGAGAACCUGACCCUCAGCGGAUCUUUGUCAUUCAUGUUGGAGGAAUGUGUUCCCAGAAAUCGUGUGACGAUGAAUGGUGGCGUUUCUGCGUGUGCCUAUUCCCGAAUCCCUUAUUCAUCGUGCCAGUUUUGAAACAUUGCACCGUGUAUGUUCUGAUCACAUACACACACACACGCACAUUCCCAUUAAGCAUGAAUCCUUGCGGACAUGCAUGCAUUCCAAUGCCAUACUUAACUCAGAAUUAUCUUGUUAAUGCCUAUUGUCAAAAGAAUCUAGAUUUUAUGACAGAAUAAAUGUUCUUUAUACUCA